AUGGAUAAAUCGAAGACACGGCCUCUCAAAACUAUUCAUCUCAAGUCGCGUCCACUUACAACACACGCCCUGGCAUGGUCUUGCGAUGCCGAGCUUGCAGUUUCAACAGAUGACACCAUCUACAUAUUCCUACCGGAGUAUCCAAGUAGUGGUGGUCCAGAUGACGUAGCGGAAGAUGAAGAGUUGCAAAGCCAGUAUACGCUCUCUUAUCGCGCCUCAGGCUUGAUUCGCCCAGAUCCGACAAUCAACGCCCAGCUCUGUGCAUUUUCGGGCAUCAGAGUGGCAGGGCCUCCAGCUAAUGACGAGAACUGGUUCCCCGGAGUAGGAAGUGGCCUUGUUACAGGCUCAGGUGCUCCCAUCUGCCAGAUUGUAAGGUUAGAAUGGUCGCCGCACGGGCUUGGAUGCAAUCUUCGGCCCAUUCUGACGGCACUUUCUACAAGCGGAUGCAUCUACGCCAUAGGUGAACAUAUAGAUCGACAAUCUGCCAUGGUUGCGGGUAUGCGAGCCAGAAGUUUCAAGGCGUGGAAGACACUUUGGGGUCUUGGGGCCCAACUUCCAUUACCAGACACUACUCAGGAGGACGGUUACCGAAAUAUGAACGAACGUAUCCAGUCUUUCUCAUGGGCUAGAGAGUUUCGUGAAGGAAGGUGCUUAUUGGCGUACUGCAAUGACAUGGAAGAAGUUGCUGUAAUGGCAGUUCAACACUUCUCACGGCCAAAAGAGAGCGACCCCGAUAGCGAAGAGGCCCUCUGGGACAUUCGAGAAGUCCAUCGAUUCGAUGGCAGAGGUCGACAUACCAAGGAAGAUGCUGUGGAUAUAACAGAUCCGGAUUACGUUCCUCAUGGAAGCGCCUUCUCUCUGAAAUGGAGUCCUUGGUCCAACAGUAUGGGUAGACGGACAGCUAUACUGGCGUAUCUAGCCAAGAACCACGUUGGAUUCCGGAGAGUUACCAUCCUAGGGAAUUGGGAAAGGGGCGAACCCCCACACAUCGAGGUCGACAACGUAGACACGGCAGCUAUUUGCAUGUUUCUUUCCACAGAUGCCUAUGUCGAAUGGCAGGACCAGAUUGUAUAUGAUGGCGAUACUCCUACAGCUCGAGGCGUCGUCGCCACGCCCUUCGAUGUGAAGCCAUUCCAAGUUUCCUUGGUUGACGCCGAGCAGCCAACUGAUUCUCAUUAUACUUGGGAGUGCUCAACAACAUAUCCUAAAGAAGGCGAGAUGGUCUCAUCGAAUCCGAUCACCGGGCUUAUGGUCCAUGACCAAAGUGAUGUAAAGCCAGGACCUGUUCCCCAUUACUCUAUAGUUAGGUUGUCAGCGACUGCUCGAAAUCAAGACUGGUUCCAAACGAACCUCUCUACCGAAGAGGCCGCGGUCCCUAAAUGGGCUGCAAGAAUCAGAAGGCAGACAACACGAUUGGUGCCUAGAGCAGCUGCCCUAGAGGGCAUAGACUCUGAUUCAGAAGAUUCAGAGGAUGACCUAAUGGAAGAAGAUACAUCACAACUGCAAGUUCCAGAGGCAAGGUACCGUAUUUGGGGUCUGGCGCAUUCACCUGGUGGUGGAACAACGGCAGUCCUUGUGUCACGCUACAAUACUAUUCAUCCAGAGAGGAGGGCCCUCUGCAAGUUGAUGUUCUCCAGAAGGGAUGAAGAACGCGAUGAGGUAGCGGGUUCAGUUAUGUCAGUCAAGCAACUGACAACUGAAGGGCAGGUCUGGGAGUGGAUGUAUGGGAAUGGUCCUGAAGUGCUCGGAACUACAUCCACGAGCAAGAUUGCGCCCGAGCUGCAUAACACACCGCUUAGGGAGCAGUUCAAAGGUAUCACAGCACAACAACGCUGUGUCUUUUGCGAUGCGGCGCUACGUUUGGAAGAAGACGAGGCCAAAUGCGACAAUGGACAUAUGUUUGCCCGCUGCGCUUCGACUGGACUUGCUAUCAUGGCCCCAGAUAUAUCCAGAAUUUGCGCUGUGUGUGAGCUUCGAUGUCUUAAGGUCACGGAGUUGACUCGCAUUGCUGUAGAGAACUUUGGGCCAGGAACGAGGAUUGAAUCUUCUGGUGAAACUUGCGGAGGUUGCGGAGGAAAGUUUGUAGCCUAA